CACUCUCCCCAAACUCCCUCCUCCUUCCUCUUCUUCUUCUCUGCAAUCUCUUCAUUCUUUCUUUGCAGAAACUCUGAAAUAUUUAUUUAGUUUAAGUGAGGAGGGAAAAAAUGGUAGGAAUUAUUUCUCUGGUGACUGGAUGGCCGGGUCCCAGCGGCUUCGGCUCAGCAACCACGGCCGAGCAAGUUACUGAGGGCAUCGAUGCAUCUAAUCUCACUGUUAUAAUUACAGGAGGGGCAAGUGGGAUAGGAGCUGAGACAGCGAGAGUGAUGGCGCAGAGAGGAGCGCAAGUCAUUAUUGCUGCCAGGAAUAUGGAAGCUGCGAACGAGGCGAAGAAGAAAAUAGUUUCGAGCAAUUCAGCAGCUCGUGUUGAAACUAUGAAACUGGACCUCAAUUCUCUCAAGUCUGUGAGAGAAUUUGCUGAUAAUUUUAUUGCGACUAACCUCCCUCUGAACAUCUUAAUAAACAAUGCCGGUGUGAUGUUCUGCCCUUUCCAACUUUCAGAGGAUGGAGUGGAGAUGCAAUUUGCGACCAAUCAUCUUGGGCAUUUCUACCUGACCAAUCUUCUCCUGGAGAAAAUCAAACGAACAGCGAAAGAGACCGGCAUUGAAGGCCGGAUUGUGAACUUGUCUUCUAUAGCACACCUUCAUACUUAUCCGGAAGGGAUAAGAUUUGAUGGAAUUAAUGAUCGGUCUAGGUACAACGAAAAGAAGGCUUACGGGCAAUCUAAGCUUGCUAACAUUUUGCAUGCAAAGGAGCUGUCUAGGCGCCUAAAAGAUGAAGGAGCCAAUGUAACUGCAAACUCUGUUCAUCCAGGAUUAAUCAUGACGGAUUUAAUGCGGCACUCUCUAUUUCAAAUGAAGGUGCUGAAAAUAUUAACCCACAUGUUUUGGAAGAACGUACCGCAGGGAGCAGCAACAUCUUGCUAUGUGGCGAUGCAUCCAAGCCUUAAAGGCAUAACAGGGAAAUACUUCCUUGAUUGCAACGAGAAGGAGCCCAGCGAUCUUGCCGAAAAUGAAAAGCUUGCAAAACAAUUGUGGACUUUUAGCGAGGAGCUUGUGAAAUCUGCUCAGCGUCUUUAAUACCAGUAGUUAUAGCAGAGCACUUUAUUAACUCAGUUAUAAAAAUACUCAGUUGAUGUCAUCUAAAUCUAUUGAUCCCCGUUUAUGUAGUAUAAUUUGUGUGUAAUCGUUCGUGAACAUGCUGCGAGUGCUACUUUAAGGUCUGAAGGAAAAUCUUUCCUCAUAUU